UAAGUAUGCUUUAAAGGAAAAUAAUAAUCCCUCAGCUCCGACUAGUCCGCCACCGGGAAAUAAUAUCCCCCUUUCAUCCUCUUAUUCAGUUCCCAUUCAUUCCACUAACGAAAAUAUUAAUUCAACUACUACUGAACCAAAACCAACUCCUAAACAAAUUGACUUAAAUCCCCCAGAAAGUAAUUCCCCUGACGAAGUAAAUCAAUUUGAUAAUAAUUCAGCAGAUAAUUCCCCCGAAACUCCCCCAAAUAGUAAGGAAAAAUCUACUCUAACUAAACCUUUUUCGUCAAAUUCCCCCAAGCCAAAAUUAAAUGGAGGAUUUAUUGUUGCUACGGUAGUAAUUGUUAGUUUUUCGGUCAUUGGUUUAGGUUAUUUAAUUUGA